AUGACCCGAUUCACUUUGACUUGGAAAGUCAAUCUCUAUGGAAUUGCGCCGACUUUGAGGCCUUAUCCUAUACGUGGGCAGACGCGACAGGAGAUAAUCGUCGAUGUCAGAAGAUUUACACGGGACGUUGGUGGGACGAAUAUCUCAUCACAAAGAACUGUGAAGCAGCUUUGA